CGGGCGGCCCGGGCCGGGGGACACCGUUCCCGCUCUGGCGGGGCGGGGAAGCCUGGCGGAGCUGGUGCGGCUUGCUCCGUGGGGCCGCACGUAUCAGCAAGUUACCGUUUGCCCUCGAGUAAAUAAAGUCGUCUGUUUCUCACAGUUUCUCACUAUUCUCAUAAAAUGGCCAAGAGCAAAUCUAAAUACAUUCUGGUGAGGAUGAAAAGUGCAGCGGAGACAGGCUACUGCUUCAAUGUCAGGAGACUCCGGCUACAGGAAAAACUGGUCCUACUGAGAUACGAUCCUCUUGCAAAAAAGCGUGUCCUCUUCACAGAGAAGAGAAAAAUCCGUUCUAUGUGAACAAUGACUGGACUUGAUUUAUGCAUGAGGAGAGGACAGCUGGGGGGAGAACUGCGUGAACACUGAUUCAGAAAUCCUGCAACAUGGGCUGUAAAGAGAGGAAAUGAACUGGGAUCACCGUCUCCUGUGAUUUGAAGGCCAUUGUGAAUAAAACAAUGUAGAGAGAGAAAAUUCUUAAUGUCUGGACAUAGAUCAUCACAGUAACAUUUAUUUAUCUUUUGAGUUAUUUUUACAGUCCUCAAUUAAAAAAAAAUUAAAUAGCAAA